ACCUGUUCCCAAGAACUACCAACACAUCCUGGCCUUGGCAUUUGCCAUUCAAGAGAUCAACAAAGACCCACAGCUUCUCCCCAACAUCACCCUGGGCUUCCGCAUCUACGAAGAGAAUCAGUAUGCAAGCAUGGCCCAAGACGUCAGCCUGUCUCUGCUCUCCAGCCGGGGAAAAUUGUUCCCUAACUUUAAGUGUGACAUACAGGAUAACCUUCUCUCUAUCCUUGGGGGUCUCAACUCCAGAAUCUCAUACCAGAUGGCAACCAUAUUAGGCAAUUUCAAGAUUUCUCAGCUAGGUUAUCGCUUCUCUGACCCGGUUUUGAGGGAUAAGACUCAGUUCCCCACCUUCUACCAGAUCGAUCCUCAGUAUCACCUACAGAAUGCAGCCAUUGUCCGGCUCCUUCUGUAUUUCCAGUGGAACUGGAUUGGGGUGGUUGUUCAGAGGUCAGAGAGCAGUGAUCACUUCAUCCAAAUUUUUAAUACCACCCUCGCCCAAUAUGACAUUUGUGUGCAAUUUGCAAAACAGAUCCUUAACCAAAUCUCUUUGUUCAAUGAAUUGCACAACGAUCAAGUUGAUGUGCUAUGGACCAUUUUGAACAAUGAUGCUCAAGUUGUGAUUAUCUCAGGGGAUUCAAAUACUCUGCAAAACCUUAUAGCAGCCCUCUACAUUUAUGAAGAAGAGAAUCAAGCUACUUCUGGGAAGGUCUGGAUCCUGACCACCCAAUGGGAAUUUUCAGCGAUUGGCUAUCACUACGAUUGGGUGAAAUUAAAAUCCAUCCAUGGCGCUUUGUCCUUCACGGUUCACACAAACCCAGUGCCAGGAUUCAAAGAUUAUCUCUGGGCUCUGAAUCCACAUGAACCCCAUGGAGAUGUCUUUCUCCCCGAAUGGUGGGAAGUUGUAUUUGACUGUCAGGUUUUGAAGGCAGGUGUGGGCUCACCUGAUGGCCAAAGGGUUUGCACAGGAGAAGAGAACCUGGACACCCUCCCAGCCUCCCUCUUUGAUGGAAAGAUGACCGGUUUCAGCUACAGCAUCUACAAUGCUGCCUAUUCUGUGGCACAUGCAUUACAUCGGUUGGAAUCACAAUGGGCAUUGAAGAGAAGGGGAAAGAAGCCACACUUUUACCUCUCUGUGAAGCCCUGGCAGAUCCACACCUUCUUGAAAAACUAUGCCUUUAACAACACUGCUGGUGAGAAAGUCUCCUUUUCAGAAACUGGGAUGAAAUAUGCAGGAUUUGACAUCCUCAACUGGAUCGUCUUUGCAAAUAUGACGAUCCUUCAACAGAAAGUCGGAUGGGUUGAUAUGGAGGUUCCUUCAGCUGAAGGCUUCAGCAUCAAUCCUGAUGCCAUUGUAUGGGCUAAUCAGACAAAGCCUUUCUCCCGAUGUGUGCAGUACUGCCUUCCAGGACAGGUCAGGAAAGUUGCAGAGGGGAGGCUCAUUUGCUGCUACGAAUGUAUUUCUUGCCCAGAAGGGACCAUUUCUAAUCAAACAGAUGCACCUCGCUGUGACCCCUGCCCUGAAGACCAAUACACCAACAAGGAAAAGGACCAAUGCAUUGCCAAGAAGAUCCACUUCCUUGCCUAUCAAGACACCCUGGGAUACACUUUAGUUUUUCUCACUCUUUCUCUUUCCAUGAUCACAAUGGCAGUUCUGGCAAUUUUCCUUAAACAUCGUGACACACCGAUUGUUAAGGCCAACAACCGAGAUCUCACCUAUAUCCUUCUGUUCUCCCUCCUGCUCUGCUUCCUCUGCUCCUUCCUCUUCAUUGGUCAACCAGGGAAGAUCACCUGUCUCUUCCAACAAUCUGCCUUUGCCAUUCUCUUUUCCCUUGCGGUUUCCUCUGUGUUGGCAAAAACUGUUAUGGUGGUUCUGGCCUUCAUGGCCACCAAGCCAGGGAACAAGACAAGGAAACUGUUAGGAAAGCCAUUGACCAACUCCAUUGUCAUAGCUUGUCCCCUGGUCCAAGCCCUUCUUUGUGCCAUCUGGUUAGUAACCUCUCCCCCAUUUCCCAACUUGGACUUCCACUCCUUGGUAGGAGAGGGCAUCUUGGAAUGUAAGGAAGGCUCAACUUCAAUGUUUUACACUGUCCUUGGCUACCUGGGAUUCCUGGCCCUCAUCAGUUUCACAGUGGCCUUUCUGGCUAGGAAAUUGCCUGAUAGUUUUAAUGAAGCCAAGUUCAUUACUUUUAGCAUGCUGGUCUUUUGCAGUGUUUGGAUCACUUUCGUCCCCACCUACCUGAGCACCAAAGGGAAAUCCAUGGUGGCUGUGGAGAUCUUCUCCAUCUUGGCCUCUGGGGCUGGUCUCUUGGCUUGCAUCUUUUCCCCCAAAUGUUACAUUAUCCUACUGAGACCCCAACUUAACUCUGUCCAGAUUGGCAUAAGGCCAAACUGCUUCUGGAGGAGACCUUUCCAAGAACAAAAAGACUAUUACAAACCUGGAGAUCUUACUAUCGGUGGAAACUUCCCUCUCUCCCUAACUAUAGUUCUACAGCUCCCACACGAGCCUCCUGGUGAUUGGGAUAACCUUUCUCUACCUGUUCCCAAGAACUACCAACACAUUCUGGCUUUGGCAUUUGCCAUCCAGGAGAUCAACAAAGACCCACAGCUUCUCCCCAACAUCACUCUGGGCUUCCGCAUCUACGAAGAGAACCAUUAUGCAAGCAUGACUCCAGAUGUCAGCCUGUCUCUGCUCUCCAGUCGAGGAAAAGUGUUUCCUAACUAUAAGUGUGACACACAGGACAACCUUCUCUCUGUCCUUGGUGGUCUCAGCUCCAGAACUUCAUACCAGAUGGCAACCGUGUUUGGCAAUUUCAAGGUUUCUCAGCUAGGUUACCGCUUCUCUGACCCUGUUUUGAAGGAUAAGAACCAGUUCCCCACUUUCUACCAGAUCGAUCCCCAGUAUCACCUACAGAAUGCAGCCAUUGUCCGGCUCUUUCUCUGGUGGGAAGUUGUAUUUGACUGUGAGGUUUUGAAGGCAGGUCUGUCCUCACCUGAUGGCCGAAGGGUUUGCACAGGGGAGGAGAACCUGGCCACUCUCCCGGCCUCCGUCUUUGAUGGAAAGGUGACCGGUUUCAGCUACAGCAUCUACAAUGCUGCCUAUUCUGUGGCACAUGCAUUACACGCAUAUAUGGUGGAAUCACAAUGGGCAUUGAAGAGGGGCAAAAAGAUGUCACAAUUGUUCUGUGUGAAGCCCUGGCAG